AACAAGGGCAACAUUCCAGUCCAAAACAAAGCUUGACUGAGAGAAAGGGCGGAGAGACUCACUGAUAAGACCAUGAAUGCAAAGAAUCUAGCAACAAACUCUCUCUCUCUCUCUCUGUCUCUCUCUAGAGGUCUUUAUUAUAUAAACCUGGGCUCGUCUUAUUUGUCUCACCCCACAUCUUCCUUGACUGCUACUUCUCCAGUUCUCUGUCUAUCUAGUCUUUAUUAUCUUUCGUUCUCAAGAACAAUGGAAGACUUUUCAGACCAAUGCUCUUCUUCUCUUCUCCACUCCUAUUGGUUUCCAAAAUCUCCCAUUUGGAUCCCACCAAACUUAUCAGACUUUGGAGACAUCGAGGAUAGUUUUUUCUCAUGUUACUCGUCUCAUCCUCAUCAAAAUGUUGCUCUUGAUGUAACAGUUCAUGAAGAAAGUUGCUUGGAAAACAAAGACAGAAUUUUCUGUAAUGUUGAUAAAGAACCUUCAGUGAUUGAGCCUCAAACUUGUGAUCUAGUAACUCUGAAGAAAACCCAAAUGGAUAAGGGGAAGAAGGGCCACUCCAAAGAUGUGACACAAGGUAAAGACAAGAAAAGAAAGAAAUGUGAUCGUACGAAUGAGAAGAAAGAUAAUGAGGGGUCCCCUACAGACUAUGUUCAUGUAAGAGCGAGGAGAGGGCAAGCAACAGACCGCCACAGCCUUGCAGAAAGGGUAAGAAGAGAGAAAAUUAGUAAGAAGAUGAAGCAGUUGCAAGCUCUUGUUCCUGGUUGUGAACAGAUAAACAGCAAGGCCUUUGUAUUGGAUUCAAUAAUCAACUAUGUCCAGUCCCUACAGAAUCAAGUUGAGACCCUCUCUAUGAAGCUUUCUUCUGUGAAUCACAUGUCAUAUGGAUUUGAGGAGGACUUGGCUCAUUUCAUGAAACUGGGUAGUUUACCUGAAGCAGCAACUACCUUCACCACCAUAUUACAUAACUACCCUACUAUGGACAGUUCAGUUUGCUUGACACAGCUGCAACAAGGGCAGAGGCCCAUUGUCUUCUGCAAGGAUAAUGAAGAUCUAUUCACUGGGGAUAUAGAGGACCAGAAGCAAAUGCUUAUAAAUCAAUCAUCAUCUGGCUCCAACAACUUCUGUUAUUUCUAAUCAAUAAUAAUAAUGAAGGUCCAUUGAAGCGGCGGCCUCCUUCCUCUUAGAGCCCUUAUCUAUCCAAGCUAGUUCUUCAAUGGCUGCCAUUAAAAUUUUUUUUCUUCCUUAUUAUGUUUUUCUAUUCUUUUCAAUUCUUGCCUUCCAAACAUAACUAGUAUUGUUUAUUUAAUGGAAUAAAAAGGAGAAUGUUGAUUUGUUA